AUGAGAAAAGGCAGACAUGAUCAAAACUUGAGUUUUAAUACUUCAAAGGAACCAAACAAAGAUAAAGAUGCUGUUGUAGAGCAAAUAAGAGAAAUUGAAAUAGAAAGAGAAUACUUAAAAGAGUCUGAAAGAAUUGCUGAGGAAGUUAAAAGUAUAAGGGUUAAAAAAAAUGAUUUGGAAAAAGAGAAAAGAAGUAAGGUUUCAAUGAAGAAAGUUGGAAUUUUUCUAAGGCAACUUGCAAAUGUCCAACCUGACAUAGUUGAUUUCAUUGCAACCAGAUUUGGAAUUUUGGGUGGAAUAAUAUACGAAAAUCCUUGGUACUUUAUAUUGGGCUCACUAUUACUAACUUUAAUAUGUUGUAUAGGGUUUAUUCCGGGAAUUCCUGGGUGGGUGGAUUCUGCUGAACAGCUCUAUUCUCUUCCUUAUAGCUUAGCAAGAGAUCACGGAAAAUUGCACGAUCAAUUAUUUAGCAAUACUAAAAGCAGAUCACAAUUGAUAGUGGUUACUUCACAAACUCCUGGAGAAAACGUUUUCACAUGGGAAUUUUUGGAAAUAGUAUCUCAAAUAAAUAAGCUAAUUAGAGGUGAAGCUUUGGACGCAGUGGGAGGGAGAAGAGUCGGAGUCAAAGUAGGGCCAAACCAGAGUGGAGAUAAGAAUUUGGAUGAAAAUCAUUCAGAAGAUGGAAUUUCGAGAACUGGGGAAAAAGAUUUUUCUGAUGUUUCGGAGGAUAAAAAUUACAAUAGUAACGAAGUUGAUCCAUUUAGACUUUCACACGAGACAUUUUUGACCUAUAACAAUAUUUGCACAAUGACAUCAUUUGGAACUUGUUCAGUUCAGAAUGUAAUAGAAGCAGGAGCAUUAGAAAUGAAGGCAUUGCUGGGAGAUGGUGAUCCCGAAUUAUAUAUAUUGGAUGGACUUGUAUUCAAUUUGAGAAAACAGGCAUUUCUUCCUGAUUAUAUCUUGGGGAAAAUAAAAAGUAAGCCGUGUAUAAGGACUCUUCCAACAGAUCUUAUUUCAAAGAUUUUAUCACCAGACAAAUACUCAAGUUCUGCAAAAGGCCCUGGAUUUUCUGAUGCUAAGAUUGAUUGCAUUAUUGGAGCUGAAGCUUUUCUGAUGGUUUAUGAUAUUUUUGAUGAUGGCACUCCUGAGAACUUAGCAAGAAAUCUUCUUUGGGAACAGUCUCUAGUGAGUAUACUGAAAGACAAUAGAGAUUGGGGUCGUGCAAGAAUUUCCUUUAGUGCAUUUCGAAGUAGGGACGACGAACUAAAGGCAUCCACAUCAGAAAACUCGGAUAUUUUAUUGGUAGGUCUAACCUUCACACUUUUGUUCUUCUAUGUAGGAAUGGCUAACUUUAGUUUUGAUCUUUACAAAAUGAAAACUUAUAGUGGGUUAGCAGGACUUUUUGCUGCACUUCUCGGUUUGGCUUCAGGAAUGGGAACAAUGUCAAUAUUGGGAGUUUCCUUUGUUCCAACAGUUUUGGUAACCCCAUUUCUAAUUAUGGGAGCUGCUGUGAAUUACCUUUUUGUCAUUGUUAAUGCUUAUUCAACAGGAUACACAAUUCCAAGUACAAAAGAAAGAUGUAGAUUAACGUUACAAGAUAGUGUAAUUGGAAUUACAAUCACUAUGUGUACAGGAUUAGUUUCUUUCUCAAUUGGAGCAGUGGGAGAACCUUAUCUCUCAAUUCGAAACUUCUGCCUUUUUUCUGCAGCUUCUAUCAUAUUCACCUAUAUAUAUGUAUUUUUCUUUAUGUUUCCGGUACUAUGUUUGGAUGCAAAAAGAGAAGCAUCAAGAAGGGUACAUUUCUUUGGGCUUCCAAAAUUAACUUCAAGUGACAUUAAAGCUACCAGGGAAUUUAGUCUCGGAAGAUCUAUUCCUGUUGAUAAUAUAAGUUCAUUUGAUGUUGUUAGCUAUAAUCUUUCAAGAGCUUUAAAGGAAUAUAAUAUUCAACUAAACCCUUUUGGAGACUAUAAUAAUGGAGAAAAUUACCAAGAGUUUUUGGAUUUAGAAGAAGAUAAUAAUGAAAAGCUGGAUUUUUCCAGUAUUCAAGAAAGUAAAAUGGAUUUUCAAUUAGAACAAGGAAGCAGAAUGAAUAACAGUAAUCAAAUGGGUUUUUUUACCAAGUUAAAAAAAAGACUUUUUCACAUACCAAUUAUGACUAAAUACCAAUACAGUGACAGAAAAGUUGUCUCGGAAACCACUAUACCUUCCAUUAGCCAGCUUAGACAGGAAAUAAGAUUAUCGGAUUUUGACCUUGUUAGUCGUGAGCUGGACUCGAACAUUCUUGAGACAAUCAAAAAUAACAAUCAAAUAAUUCAAAGAAAAAAUCAUUCAAGUAGUAUACAGAUAUUACAAAAUAUUAGUAUUGAAAAGCUGAACAGGGAGUAUGAUUUAAAUCAUGUCGAUGACCUUCUACAAAUACUAUUAGCUGAGCCUUUAGGAAACGUUGGAAGAACAACCAGAAGAGUAAUGUUACAUUAUAUUGGACCAAUCAUGGCAACUCCUAUUGUGAAACUAAUAAUUAUCAUUAUAUGGCUUGGAUUCCUUGGAAUAUCUAUAUAUGGUUUUACAAAAAUGGAAAGUGGCUUAGACCUAAGAGAUUUAUCUCCUCCAUCUAGUUAUCUUCAGACAUUUGACCAGGAUUUCACCAAGUAUUUCAGUAAAUACGAUCUUCCCACUGAUGUAUAUUUCCCUGAAAAGUUGGAAUGGUGGAGAAGAGCUGUUCAAGAUAGAAUCUUUGACUUCGUGGAAAGACUUGAGAGACUAGAAUCUACACAGAGAGUAAUUGAUCCAUUAUACAAUUUAAUGAAAAAUCCAGAGUUGGCAGCAGCUCUUAGAAGUGGAAACAAGAAAAUAUUUCAAGAAACUCUUUAUCAAGAGCUAUAUAACAAUCCUGAAAGCAACUAUAAGCAAUUUUCAUUUGAUUUUGUUUGGAAAGAAAGAGAAUUAGUGACUUACAGAAUAAAAUUGCUAGCCAAAGGAAUGCCAACUUCUCAGCAGAAAGCUGAUUGGAUGACUUCAAUAAGAAAGCUAUGCAACGACGAGGAAAAGAGAGAAAAAAUACCAUUUAAAGUCGUUGCUUACAACUACAUGAUGUUAUUCUAUGAGAGUGAUCUUAGCAUUCUUGCAGAGUGUUUUUCAAAUAUGCUCAGUUGUGGAAUUGCAAUUGAACUUAUAACUCUAAUGCUAAUUCCAGAACUAAUGUCUGGUAUAUUUGUUAUUAUCCUCAUGGCUUGCAUUGAUAUUUGUUUAUUUGGAUUCAUGUAUUAUUGGAAUGUGAAACUCAAUAUGGUUAGUAUGAUCAACUUGUUACUAUCUAUGGGAUUUGCAGUUGACUACUCUACAUUAAUGACGCAUACAUUUUCUCAUUGUUGUGGAAAAAGUAGAAACCAUAGAAUGAUUGAGUCGUUAGGACUUAUGGGAGCGCCAGUGUGCCAUGGAGCAAUGUCAACAUUUCUUGGGAUAGUUGUUCUAUCAGGAAGUUCAUCAUAUAUUUUCACUGUAUUCUUUAAAAUGAUGCUCAUGGUAGUUGGAUUUGGAAUUUUCCACGGAGCCGUUGUUCUGCCCAUUUUGCUCUCGUUAGUUGGUAGGAUGCCUAAUCAUUCUUCAAACAUACUUUACGAAGUUAUUGAAUGGAUACGAAGUGGUCAUUCAUAUUCUCCAAACUGUAUUUCUAAAGGAAAUCUACCAAUGAUUAAAGCUGCACCAGAAGUAAGUAUCGAAUUGGACGAUCAUAUGAUGCCAGCUGAUUUAAAGUUUGAUAAAAAUUUAAUCCAAAACAAUACUGUGGAUUUUUUGAAGCUUUCAAAAGAUUCUAAAUCAGAAUAUAAGUUUUAG